CCUCGAGGAGUUCAACCUUCUAUGACCAGCAAUGAAAACGAACUGGGAUAAAGCGAGAUAGUUAGUGGAACAUGUCGUGGAUUACACGAAGCUCCAUCCGUCAUCCCUAUCGGUCUUUAUUUUCCGUCUUUCUUCUCUGGAAGGCCUCAUUGCUUCUCCUAGCCAUCUUAACUCCCGGGUCCGGGUACGACACCUCCACGACUUUAUUCCCCUGGCACAGGAACACCGAUGAAAUAGAAGGGCUUGUACCAUCCAUCUUGAGGCGCAUAUCUACCAAGCUGACGAGAUGGGAUUCCAUCUAUUUCAAUGAGGCGGCCAGACGUGGCCAUCUCUUCGAGCAAGAAUGGGCGUUCAGUUAUGCGUUCUCCAGGUUCAUUAAUCUGUUGGCCAGUGGCUUUGCACAUACAGGUGCUCUCCCGUAUGAAAUCAAAGAGAGUGUACUGGGUAUCACCAUUUCCCACGCAGCUCAUGCCACCUCGGUGGUAGUUCUAUAUCAUCUGGCAUGCACUAUAUUUCCUGGGACCCAGGGACGCAAGCUGGCUUUUAUCGCAUCAUGCUUGCACAUUAUUUCGCCUGCUGGACUUUUCCUAUCAGCUCCCUGCACGGAGAGCACUUAUUCUCUCCUAAGCUUCACAGGCACUCUUCUUUUUGCUCAAAGUUUUGGUGCCCGCGGCAUCUCCACCAGCAUCAAAGAUAGUUUUCUAGUGCUUGCGGGUAUCCUGUACGGCUUAUCCACUGCUGUUCGUGGAAAUGGUCUGCUCAAUGGCAUCCUCCUUCUCGAGGAAGCAUGUCGGGUCUUGUAUUCGUUAACGCAGGCUUUCAGCUUUGCCAAGUUACGCCGCCUGGUCGCGGUCGGUUGCGGAGGUAUCUGCACCGGGGUUGGGUUUGUAUUACCGCAAUAUGUUGCCUACCAGCAGUUCUGUAGUACACACACUGCCACCAACGAAGACUCGUCAAGAGAAUGGUGCCAUCGAACUCUUCCCAGUAUUUACAGCUUCGUACAAGACCAUUACUGGGACAAUGGCUUUCUUCGUUAUUGGACCUUGUCCAACGUGCCGUUAUUCGCAUUGGCCAGUCCAAUGUUGGCCAUCUUGGUGUGCUCUGCUUUCUGGACUCUCGGUGUGGGAUACAGCCGAAAGAAAAUGCCCACGAAUACAGCGCAGCAAGAGUUCCCGAACGGCAAACUGACAGGCCGUCUAUUGCGCAGCCUAGCGGCUCCUCAGAUUACCCUUGCUGUCAUGGUUUUUUUCUGCAAUCAUGUGCAGAUUAUCACACGAUUAGCCUCAGGUUAUCCUGUGUGGUAUAUAUGGACAGCGACUUUGAUUAUGAACAGGUACAUUGGUCCCUCAUCUGCAUCGAAGCGGCAGCUGGAGGAAAGGACCAAUGGUGCAAAUGGUUAUUGGCAGAUAAUUGUUCAGUACAUGGUGAUAUACGCUGCUGUGCAGGGCGUACUUUUCGCAGCGUUUCUACCUCCAGCCUAAGUCAGCACAGGUGAAGACAAUGUAUAAAACUAAUACGGGUGUAUAGCAAUUCAGGGUCAGAGGCCGGCUAUAUGAUACCAAUAUCGUCUCUUAGCAAAUUAACAUUUUCUCAUUCUCCACUACAGCAACACGAGCAUCAUGGCAGACGUUGAGCUACAUUGACGUUACGACGCAGAAGAGAUGAUCAAUGAUCGGGUCAGUCUCUGAUUGUUCAUAUCAUCUAGAUAGAUA